AUGCAGGUACAAUGCAGUGAUAAUUGCAAGCGAUCUGGUGCAGGUAAUAAUAUCAUACCAAGGUUCAACCAUUGGUGGAAUCCCCUCGACAAAUUGAAUCCACCCCUAUACUUAUACACUAUUUUUGAAGCAUUCUCUGUCAACUGCCUUACCCUCGAGGCGGAUUUAACCUUGCAGGAUCCAAGAGGCGCGUUGAAAAUAUUUGAGGACCCCAAAACAGCAAGUGGAAACAUCAUUGAGAUUAUAGUGCUAUCUUCAGCAAGACCCCCAGAGGCACCUGGUCAAGUCUUUCUCAAGGCAACUUUGUUUGAUAGUAUCUCGCCUAAGGAGAAGGAGGUUUUUGGUGACAAGCGGCUUCAGCUUUAG